AUGCGGAAGCAGAGCGCGCGCACGGCCGCGCUCGUCGCGUGCAUCCUGUCGUACCUGCUGGUGGGCGCCGCCGUCUUCGACGCGCUCGAGUCCGAGGCGGAGCGCGGCCGCCAGCGCCUGCUGGCCCAGAAACGCGGCGAGUUCCGGAGGAAAUACGGCUUCUCGGCCGACGACUACCGCGAGCUGGAGCGCCUGGCCCGGCAGGCCGAGCCGCACCGAGCCGGCCGCCAGUGGAAGUUCGCCGGCUCCUUCUACUUCGCCAUCACCGUCAUCACCACCAUCGGGUACGGCCACACGGCGCCGGGCACGGACUCAGGCAAGGUUUUCUGCAUGUUUUACGCGCUCCUGGGCAUCCCGCUGACCCUGGUCACCUUCCAGAGCCUGGGCGAGCGGCUGAACGCGCUGGUGCGACACCUGCUGCUGGCGGCCAAGCGCUGCCUGGGCCUGCGGCGGCCACGCGUGUCCACCGAGAACAUGGUGGUGGCCGGGCUGCUGGCGUGCGUGGCCACCCUGGCCCUCGGGGCCGCCGCCUUUGCGCACUUCGAGGGCUGGACCUUCUUCCACGCCUACUACUAUUGUUUCAUCACGCUCACCACCAUCGGCUUCGGCGACUUCGUGGCGCUGCAGAGCGACGAGGCGCUGCAGAGGAAGCCGCCCUACGUGGCCUUCAGCUUCCUCUACAUCCUGCUGGGGCUCACGGUCAUCGGGGCCUUCCUGAACCUCGUGGUCCUGCGCUUCCUGGCCAACGCGGAUGCGCCCGGCCGUGCCCCGCCGCCCCGCCGGGGGGCGCGCGCGAGCCGCCACCCAGCCAGGCCUGGAGGCGCCACCUGCAUCUCCCAACGCGUCUGCCGGCUGGAGAUGUGGGCCUGCGACAACCUGGGCUUCUCUCCCCCCUCCAGCCCCGUGGCAGUGCGUGCCAUCCAGGCGGACAGACCCCAGGCGAGACGGAAGUCCAUCUGA